AUGGUGGUUACCAAGCACCUGGUGGACCAACAAGGUAACACCAUGACUCAAUCCGUCGUCCGCACCCGCACGGCGGCGGAAAGGAGGGAACUGGCUGAAGCCACCCGUAGACGCCCCGGAGAACCGCGUGGUUGUCAAACCUGGAUCCGCCAAUUGUACACCCAGGAGAAAGAGAAAAAGGUUGACUGGCGCAAAUGGAAACAAGAAAGAAAAGAAGAGAAGAAAAAAUGGAAGGAACUAAAGCUAUUGAGAAAACUGGAAAAGAAAAGAAUGCUGGAAAUGUUAGAAAAACAAAAAGAAGAAAAGCCAAAGGAAGACAAAGGACGUCAUUACACGGUUAGCGUAGCACUUCCAGGCUCCAUCCUGAACAAUGCACAGUCUCCAGAGUUGCGGACAUAUCUUGCUGGGCAGAUUGCCAGAGCCUGUGCCAUUUUCUGUGUGGAUGAGAUUGUGGUGUUUGAUGAGGAAGGAGAAGAUUCAAGGACUGUGGAAGGGCAGUUUGACGGGAUUGGAAAGAAAGGACAGGCCUGUGUACAGCUGGCUCGGAUUCUGCAAUAUUUGGAGUGUCCUCAAUACCUGAGAAAAUCAUUUUUCCCAAAACAUCAGGAUCUGCAGUUUGCAGGGCUCCUGAACCCAUUGGACAGCCCUCAUCAUGUGCGGAUAGAUGAGGAAUCAGAGUACCGGGAAGGAGUAGUGUUAGCCCGGCCCACCAAGCCAGGCAAAGGCUCCUUUGUUAAUUGUGGGAUGAGGAAGGAGGUACAGAUAGACAAACAGCUAGAAUCUGGUCUUCGAGUCACUGUUCAACUGGACAAACAGCAGAAUCCAGACAGUAAAAUACAGAAAGGCACCGUAGUGUCCUCUAACCAUCCACGGACUGUGUCUGGCCUGUACUGGGGUUACAAUGUCCGCUUAGCCUCCUGCCUCAGUGCUGUUUUUGCCGAAUGCCCUUUUAAAGAAGGCUAUGAUCUCUCUAUUGGGACCUCUGAGCGAGGGACCUGUGUGGACCAAGCAACUCUCCCUUCCUUCAGCCACGCCCUCAUAGUAUUUGGAGGUCUCCAAGGCCUGGAGGCUGGUGUGGAUGCUGACCCAAACCUGGAGAACACCGACCCAAGCGUCUUGUUUGACCUUUACCUGAACACGUGUCCCAUCCAGGGCAGUCGCACCAUCAGGACAGAGGAAGCCAUACUAAUAUCUCUGUCUGUACUGAGACCCCGUAUUGACGAGGCUGUGAGGAAAGUUCUUGGUAGCUGAAGAG